CCUCCUGUCUCCAUCGCUGCUUUUAUGUCAGGAGGUCCUCCUGUCUUGUCUACGAGCGGUCGCCUAACAUCACAACCCACCUGUUGCUUCCCUUAUUGGGCUGGGCCUACUAACCUUCCUCCUUGGGCUUUAGGCCUGAUUCCGCUUAACCACGUGAGACCAUCAAUUGCCCCUAAGGAAACAAAUUCUUUGGGUUUUGGCAGCCAUGACUUUCUUUCUAUCGUGUUGAGCGAUCUUUAUUUCAAUUAACCGCACCCCAUACUUUGCCCCUAGCCGCUCGAGAAACUAAGAUGACCAGCCAAGGGAUGUGGUCCCUACUGACUUCAACCGCCCGCAAUAUGGACGCUUCAUUUUCCCUCUUUCAUCAUCCAAGUGGCGAGAUUAGUAUUUCAAGCCCUGAAAGCGAUCAUUGUGGCCGUCUUUUCAGCUGCCCGCUUUUUGUAUUAGUAGACUAGGGUAUUUACCUCGGUCACCAAAUCGUCACAUAAGCACUACCCUACUUUUUCGUUUCUAUUUAAACGAGCAGAUUACUCGUCUUCUUCACUCUUGUGUCUUCCCCCUCUUAUGCUCUGAAAUUUCCCUGUCCUGAAGCAAAAAUUGCUCGCUGCUCCAAAUUUUCCUUUUUUUCUUACGUUCAAAGUCAUUUGCUCCUUUCCUCGAAACAAGCCACUUAUCUUCCUGGGAUACGACGUGCUCAGAAUUGAGCAAAGAGGUAGAGGUGAAAAGCGACGAUGGCAAUCGAUUCUCAGGCCACCACUCCCUCCUACAGCCAGAACAAGAACUUAUCGAGCGAUGCUCCCAAUGGAACCAUUUAUGGUAACGCUCGGACUUCCACCACUUGCACAACUCCUCCUCGCUCGUCUUCUAAAAUUGGCGGCGGCUCCAACAACCCUAAUGUCGGGGUUAAACUAGUCGCUAAAGGUAUGCAUGAAAAUUUUUCACCUUUUGGUAUCUCUGAUAUAGAAUGUGAUUUGGAGAGUAUUGACCUUGUAUGCGGUUACGAGAACUUUGGCAACCCUAGGGAGAGUGUAGGCGAUCCUAACUUUGGCCUUUUAGGGUUAGAUGGGAAUGCAUUAACCGAUACUAGCGGCAACCUGCGUGACUUCGACUCUUCUGAGAUGUACCACGAGUCUUCUCAUGGCGUUCCCGUGAUCUCACUUUCGUCUUAAGAUACUAAUGAAGCACACAAUAAUCACACAGAGUUUCAUGACUUUGCGACCGACUCUCCUCUUACCAUUCUGCAGGACCGCCCGUAGCACCCUUCCAAGCAGUUGAUGAAGAGGGAGAAGAUAUACCCUCGCAUUAUUUCAAUCAAUGACAGUCGUACGAAGCUGCUUAUCGGUCAUCUCGAGUUCUCCCUCAGUUAAAGAAUCAUGUUCUUCCUCCUGAGUGAGAUUACGCGGUUUCUUCUCGCACUGGGCGAUACAGUUCUUGUCCUGGGGGGGGGGGGGGGGGGGGGGGGGGGGGGGGGGGGGGGUGGAUUCCCAUCCAUGUGGAUCAUAUUAGGAUGGGUCUUCAAUUUCCACUUGACCCCAUAUUGACUCACUCUUCUGCAUCUCAACUUCGUGCUCAAGCGUCUUUCUUCUGGUAUUAUUUUCAUUCCAUAACCUUUCGCGCGGCCUGCAAAAGACUGGAGGUGGAUCCUUCGUUUGAUGCUUUCCGCCUCUUGUAUAUGAUGCUCAGUCGGGAAAACUACUGGUCGAGCUACAGGAGGAAGACUCGUGUGUGCUUUGUCUAUGGAACGCCCAAGUUAGAUUCUCCUUGGUUUAAAGAAUAUUUCUUUGCCCGCCCCACUGAGAAAUGGUAUUCUAGUGACGUAGAGCCGCCGACUGGUUUCGCGGUUGGCGAUAAAGAGGAUUGGAAUGC